CUGUUGUCAAGGCAACUUCACUUGCUAUGGAAUUUAGAAACUAACAGUUCAGUAUUAGUUAACUGUAAAUAUCCAGUGUUAAAUGUGCGGUUUGAUGAAUAGAACUUGAAUGACGGGCUGCGAGAAUUUGCGAGAUCUUAGAGUUGUACUUCCGGAAACUGAGUUUUACACAUGUGGUUGGAACUGCGUAUGAAAUUUCACGCCUGUAAUUACUUUUUGCGAAGAACAAAUUCCCAGCAACAUACUGGUAACUCAUGACAGACUACCAGGAAGAGCAGAAUAAUGAAAUCGAAGCGUUGGCAUCAAUUUACCCAGACGAAUUCACCGCAUUGUCUGAGGACCCACAUCGAUUCAAAGUCAUUAUCUCGUCAGAAAAUACUGAUGAAGAUGGAGAGGAUGCAGCUAUCACGAUUACAUUGCAAUUUACAUACACGCCAAGAUAUCCAGAUGAAGGUCCCGUCAUGGAGGUGAUAUCAGCAGAUAAUCUAGAUGAAGAGGAUAUUUCAUCCAUUUUACAACUUUUACAAGAACAAGUAGAAGAGAAUUUAGGGAUGGCUAUGGUAUUUACUUUGGUCUCAGCAGUACAAGAAAGAUUAAAUGAAAAAGUAGAUGAAAUAAAACAAAUUGAAAAAGAUGAAAAAGAAAGAAUAGAACAAGAAGAAAAAACAAAAGCAGAAGCUGAAGAGGCCAAGAAGUUUGUUGGUACUCCAGUCACAAUUGAAACGUUUUUAGCGUGGAAAGCAAAAUUUGACAAAGAAAUUGAGGAUAAAAAGAGACAAGCGUCAAAUGAAGACAAUAAUAAAGACAAAAAGCUCACAGGUCGGCAAUUAUUUGAAAGAGAUGGUACACUGGAUGUGGUGGAAGAAGCAUUUCUUGAUGAAGAAGAUGAUAAUGUUGUGGUGGAUGAAUCUCUUUUUCAAGACAUUGAUGACCUUGAACUUGGAGAAGACUUUGUUGAAGAUUAAGAAGUUUUUAAUGAAUUUUAUUUAACAUUUCAUCAUGUAUAUAAUAUGGUACCGUCAUAGAUAAAAUUAAAUACAAUUACUUCCU